AUGGAGGAAGAGGCAGAGGAGGAAGAGGAAGAGGAAGAGAUGGACCCGGACGAGACGGGUGACCAAGACCGCGAUAUCCCUCGUCCUCCUGCUGCCGCCGGAUUCCGCGGACUCGACGCGCUCCUCGAACUAAUGCGUCAACCGUUCCCUCCUCGCCCAAUGCCGCCUGUCGACCAGGCACGGGAGACGGACGAUAUUGCACCAUGGGCCCUCGACGACGACGACGAGAUGCAAGUUGGCGAUGCCCGUGCGCCCUGGGCCCUGGCCAACAACGACGGGGACAAUGAUGACGACUACGAGGAUAAUGGCGAUAUUGGCUGGGCGCCGCCAGUGUACGGCUGGGCGCCGGUGCCUGUCGAUCUCGAUGCCAUUUUUGAUGGGCUGCAGAGCGAUUAUGACGAUGAUGUUGGAUUGGAUGAGUCGAUCGGUGAGGACGAAGACCGUGAGAUCGGCGAUAUUAUCACUGCAUCUGAGGGCGUCCCGUUCCCUUGGGGAGGCGGAGGAGGAGAGACUGGGGAACCUGACGACUCGCGGCAGGAUGAUGACGAUGAUGGUGUCGAUUAA